CGUCAAUUCGGGUUUCAGCCACGUCUGGAGUCUCAGAGACGAGCUUCUCAGAAGAGCCAAAACAGGAACAGGGGUGGCAAAUCACUGUGCGAGGGCGAGUGGACCUCCCUCUUUGCCUCCUCCCUGUUCUAGGCGCAGGUCCCCUGGGCUCUGCGCUGUUUCAGCACUCGGAAAAGCCGGCGCUUCAGAUCGAGGCAAGUGAACCACGCCAGGGAGUUUUCCGUUCAGCACCUCGGACAGAACACGCAGCAAAAAAUGGCUCCGAUCACGACCAGCAGGGAAGAAUUUGAUGAAAUCCCCACAGUAGUGGGGAUCUUCAGUGCAUUUGGCCUGGUCUUCACAGUCUCUCUGUUUGCUUGGAUCUGCUGUCAGAGAAAAUCCUCCAAGUCUAACAAGACUCCCUAUAAGUUUGUGCAUGUGCUAAAGGGAGUUGAUAUUUACCCUGAAAACCUAAAUAGCAAAAAGAAGUUUGGAGCAGAUGACAAAAAUGAAGUAAAGAAUAAACCAGCUAUGCCAAAGAAUUCAUUGCAUCUCGACCUUGAGAAGAGAGAUCUCAAUGGCAAUUUUCCCAAAACCAACCUCAAAGCUGGCAGCCCUCCUGAUUUGGAGAAUGUGAUCCCGAAGCUCUUUCCAGAAGGGGAAAAAGAUGCCGUUUCCCCUGAUAGCUUAAAGUCCAGCACUUCCCUUAGUUCAGAAGAGAAACAAGAGAAGCUGGGAACCCUCUUCUUCUCCUUAGAGUACAACUUUGAGAAGAAAGCAUUUGUGGUAAAUAUCAAGGAAGCCCGCGGCUUGCCCGCCAUGGAUGAGCAGUCAAUGACCUCCGACCCAUACAUCAAAAUGACGAUCCUCCCAGAGAAGAAGCAUAAAGUGAAAACCAGAGUUCUGAGAAAGACCUUGGACCCAGCUUUUGACGAGACUUUUACAUUCUACGGGAUCCCCUACACUCAGAUCCAAGAGUUGGCCUUGCAUUUCACCAUCUUGAGUUUUGACAGGUUUUCAAGAGAUGAUAUCAUUGGAGAAGUCCUUAUUCCUCUGGAAGGAAUUGAAUUGUCUGAUGGAAAAAUGUUAAUGAACAGAGAGAUUAUCAAGAGAAAUGUCAGGAAGUCUUCAGGACGGGGUGAGUUACUGAUCUCUCUCUGCUAUCAGUCCACCACAAAUACUCUCACUGUGGUUGUUUUAAAAGCUCGACACCUGCCUAAAACCGAUGUGUCUGGACUCUCAGAUCCCUACGUCAAAGUGAACCUGUACCAUGCCAAAAAGAGGAUCUCCAAAAAGAAGACUCAUGUGAAGAAAUGCACCCCCAAUGCAGUGUUCAAUGAACUGUUUGUCUUUGAUAUUCCUUGUGAGGGUCUUGAAGAGAUAAGUGUUGAAUUUCUGGUUUUGGAUUCUGAAAGGGGAUCCCGCAAUGAGGUGAUUGGGCGAUUGAUCCUGGGAGCAGCUGCAGAGGGAACCGGAGGAGAGCAUUGGAAGGAGAUCUGUGAAUAUCCCAGGAGACAAAUUGCCAAGUGGCAUAUGCUCUGUGAUGGUUAGCAUCCUAGCCAUGAGUUGGAACUUGAUGAUUUUACUAGGAAAGGGACAAUUUUCUUUCUUUCUGAUACGUGAUUGCAAGCUUGUGACAGCAAGCUACCUUUUUUGUUGUUGCCAGAAAUGGAUUGAAUUAGCAGGCCAGAAAGUAACUGUAAAUGUGUAUGAUGAUAAUUUCCCCCUUCACUAGAAAAGUUGGAUAAAUUUUCAUAAGAUAUUCAAUUUCCCCUGCAGGUUACCAGUGACAUAAAUAACAAUAGUCAAGCAUUUUGUGAAUACUGCAGUGAAGUCCCAGGUUAUGGGUGUGGUUUCGAAGGGAAUGAUCUCAUUGGAACCUCUCAUUGGAUGUCAAUGUGAUUGUUAGGAUUUAGAAAUGAAAGCAAGUCUUCACUUAUGAAAAUUCAUCCAAUGUUCUUCAGGUGGGGAAAUCACUUUUUCUUUAAAUCCAAAGAUAUUAAAGAGGUGUUCCCUAGUUUCUUUUUAUUAAUUAUUUCACGUGCAAGUGGUGUCCUGCAUAUAAAAGUAUAUGGUCAUUUCCCUUUGGUUUGUAAUUAUUUGAUACAAUUUUAUCCUAAGAGGAGCAACUUAGGUUUGUUUCAAAAGGACAGUGAACAAACUUGAGAAAUCAUUUUAUCAAAGGGCUGAGUUGAGAACACUGUGGCUGAAAUAUGAUUUUUCUCCCCCCUAAGGUUACUUGUGAGUCAAAAUGUUGUAAAAUAGAAUCUCACAUAAGAAACAUGCCUUGAAUUAUUCACUGCCUGUCGCGAGUGUCAGUGUGGUCUAAGAAAGCCCUAUUUACCUUUGUGAAGUUGUUGAAUUAGCUAGUUCGUAAAGAAAGAAACUUCAGCUAGAAAUCCAGUUAGAGAUGCAGUUUUUUUUUUUUAGGAAAUAGGUAUAGUUUGCAAGUGUACAUUCAAGGCUUUCCGUUGUACACAGAGAGAGCGUGGCUAACUAAGUCUUCAUUUAGUUGUUCUCCCCCAGAAAAGGACCAUGCUACUAUUUGAAAGGAAACAAACAAAAGACUGAAGUAUUAACCAUUGCCAGAAAGAAAGCAUUACUUAAACCAACAAACUAAGCGAUAAGACUAAAAAGUAGUUAUACAACAAGCCUAAUAUAAUUUACAUAUGUUCACACAAAGUAUAUUUAGGCUGUCAAAUUAGCACAAUAAAGUAUGUUUCACUAUCUUUUCUAGGCUAAUUUGUCUUGAGCUGUUUUCUGUGGAACAGUUUAUAGAUGUCUGUCUUAUACUAUUUUCCCAGUACCAGGGCUCUGAAAUUCAUUUAAAAAAAAAAAUGGUUAGAGUAAAGCAGUGCCCUGGGAUUAUUUGGAAAGAAUUAACUUGAGGUAAUGUCACUAUAUUUGAGUUUUUAGAGACGUAUGGGUGAAACUCGGGUACAGUUGAAUUAUUAAAUAUGCAAGUUAGAAAAUAAAGUCUACUGAGAAUUUUACAUUUUGAGUCAGGUUGUGUGUCGUCAGUACUUUAGCAGUUUUUGAGAAUGUGUUUGAUAUCUCCGUGUUUGUAAAUUCUAUGACAAUGCAUUUUCAAAACAACUUAUACACGCUUUUUAUGACUAUGCCUAAUAUAAAGAAAAUGUUUUACAUUCUGUAUGUACAAAAAUUGAAAUCCACCUCUUUUUUUUUGUGCUUUAGGGUGACUUUGGGAUUAAAAGACUAUUCCCCAAUCAUAGUCUCCAUUCUACCACAAAGUCACCGCACGGCAUCUUGGUCUGCUCAGAAUUCCUGUGAAAGGAUCAGGAAAUGAAUUGUAGUCAGUGUCUGGUUUGGGAAAACCAGUGGCCUUUUUAUGUAUGUAUAUUUGGUACAUGGGCCAUGGAAUAUAAUAUAUUUUGUCACUCUGAAAAGUUGUGAGGAAUCAAACCUAAGGAUCCUUCACAGCCACCAGAAGUUAAAUGGUGGUACCAAGUAAAGUAUGGUUGUUGGAGGAGGGUGAUUUUUUUUUUUUUAAGUAGAA